UCUCGAAUGCGACCUGGGCAUGCUAACCCGUCUCGCCACCGAGAAAGCGUCUUUCGAGUGCGAGCUGCUAACCGGAAAACCCCCGGGGCUCAAGAGGUCACGGCCUCAUGGGCAGCCUGCAAUUGGUUGCACAAGCUGAACGGGUAGAAUGCGGAGGGAGCUACGGUGCACACCUGCGUCGAGGACACUGGAAACACACUGGAAAGACACUAGAAAGACACUGGAACACGACACUUUUGUCCUCCCCUCCUGCACGUCAUUCCAGGAUAUACCCGGGGUCGGUCUUGCAGCCAGGUAGCUGCCCGCCCUGAGCUUCUCUGCCAAGAAGACGGAAGACGAAUACAAAGCAGCGCCAAGCUCCUUCACCUAACCUCUGCCAAGUCUGCUGAAGCUCUCGAGUCUCAAUCGCCACAUUCACAACCACAACCGCCAAUCGGAACCAAGAUGAAGACGGCCGCCCUUACUGCGGCUCUCUGGGUCGGACGAGCUUUGGCAGGCUCGGUUACCGUGCCGCUGUCACCAGAUGCCACGGCCACCGACCGCCCCGCCGAGUCCACGAUUGAGCCCUCGACGGCCGCCAUUGCCUCGGCCUCGGCUACCGUCAAGCCCCUGUCGCCGACUUCCGAUGUCAAGGGCGUCGCCUUCAACCGCAUUGUCCAGGUCUGGCUCGAGAACACCGACUUCAAUGCCUCGGCUGCCGACCCUAGUAUGCAAUGGUUGGCUAGCCAAGGCAUUCUCUUGACAAACUACUUUGCCACAACACAUCCUUCACAACCAAACUACGCGGCCGUUGUCGGCGGUGAUAAUUUUGGAAUGGAAAACGAUGACUUUGAUAGCAUUCCGGCAAAUGUCUCCACUGUCGUGGAUCUGUUGGACACCAAGGGAAUUACCUGGGGAGAGUAUCAGGAGGGCAUCCCGUAUGCCGGCUUUCGGGGCUACAACUAUAGCAACCAGGCCACCUUUGCCAAUAACUACGUUCGGAAGCACAACCCCUUGAUCUUCUACGACUCCGUCACGAGCAACGCGACCCGCCUUUCUCUCAUCAAGGGGCUCGGUGCCUUUGCGGACGACUUGAAGAACCAGAAGCUCCCGCAGUGGUCGUUCAUCACCCCCAAUAUGACUAACGACGGCCAUGACACCAACAUUACGUUUGCGGCAUCGUGGGCCAGGGGCUUCCUCGAGCCCCUCCUCAACAACAGCUACUUCUCGAACGACACACUCGUCAUCCUGACCUUUGACGAGAACGAGUCCUAUUCGCUGAAGAACCGCAUCUACACUGUGCUGCUCGGUGGCGCCAUCCCAGACGAGCUCAAGGGAACUGCCGACUCCAUGUUCUACAACCACUACAGCACCAUCAGCACCGUGUCUGUCAACUGGGGCCUGCCCUCGCUCGGUCGUUGGGACUGCGACGCCAACGUUCUAGCUCUGGUGGCGAACAAGACGGGCUACAAGAACUCAAACGUCACGCUGGACAACCUCUACUUCAACCAGUCGUACCCCGGACCGCUCAGCGACUCCGCCUUUACCCCUGGCUGGUGGCCGGUCCCCAACACCCAGGCCAAAUGUGCCGCCGGAAAGGGUGUGCUUUCUAGCAUUGCCGACACUUGGGGCACAUCUGACGGCUCGUUCAACUACACCAACGUCUACCCGUACGGCCUUGGCGAGAACACCGGCGGCACUCCGGUCGUGGGCGCCAAUGAUGCCCCGACCUCGACAUCUGGCUCCAGCUCCGGUUCCGGCUCCGGCUCGACUGGCACUACCUCCUCGACAGCUCCCGCCAAGGGCACCAAUGCCGCUGCCGUUGCCGCCCCCGAGAGUAUGCUCUGGUUUGGCACCGGAGUUGCUGGCUUGCUUGCUGCGUUGCUGUGAUUGUAGAGGAGCGUGGGGGCUGUAUUUUGUGGUGAGUGGCUUUGACCGACCAGUGCAGUCUGCUAAGUACUGGAGUGGCGAUGUAGAGAGUGGUUCUCGGGAUUCACGAAAUCAAAUAAACGGCGAGAUUUAGGGUGGAAAAAUAACUGCGAGUAAUAAAUAUAAUCCCACUUGCCACCGAAAAAAAUCAGAUAAGACGCGGCCGACCUGUCUUAGUACUGUGAUGCCAAUUGGGUUAACUCAUCAGACAGCAGAUGUAAGAGGGCUUGGUAGACAAGGGAGUCGAGAUUGGCAGAGGCAGCGAAGUUUGGGUGGCUUUGGUGUGUAGCACUACUAUAUAUUCCCACGAAUACCGGAAAUGGGGGCAGAGACUAAAAUUAAGAAACCACCAACAAGAAAC